UAGCCUAUUAGUGCCCCACAAUUGUGGCCUCCUUAUGAGCCCUACCUCUAAUAGUUACUAUGAGGGUUAGGACUACAACAUAUGAAUUUUGUGUGGGUCACAGUUCAGUUCAUAGCACAUACUUUCCAGAAUUUUGCUAUUAUAAAAUAUAAAAAUAUUUCAUAAUAUUAUUGAUAAUCAAGAAAACGAACAUUUAUUUGGAGAUUAAUGAGUCAAGCACUGUGGUACUUUGUGUUUUCUUGUUUUAUCCUCACAAACAAUGAAAUUCUAUUAUCUGCAUUUUAUAGAUGAGAUGCUAAGUAACGUGCCCACGAUCACACAGGUAGCAUAGUAAAGAUUCCAAUCCAGACAAUCACCUUAGCCACUAUAUUGCAAUUUAAUGUAUAAAAUAUCGGUACAUUAUAUAUCAGUAGAAAGAGUUGUCCAUUAAGUAUUCUACCACCAGAUGAUACUGGAGACCCAGAAGGUACCAUAAACUGGCAUGUUUCCAUGUGAGAUGAGCCCCCCCCCCCAAUAUAUUAUACUAUGGUGGGCAAUGAGAGGAAGAGUGAGCUCCCAUCAUGCAGGCAUUGCACUCUCAACAACAGCAGCUGAAUCUGUUUCCCUACAACCUUGCCAACUCUGGGUUUUAUAUUUAAGAGGUCACUCACAACUUCAAAAUACAAAUGUGAAAAUACUGUUAUGUCUCAUUUACUAUAAGAAAAAUCCUCUAUGUAGUCACUGUAGCCUAGUUUAGUCACAACUCAUUAUCAAGAUUAAGCCGUGACAGCAAGUUGACAAGGUUAAAUGCAAACCAGAUUAAGUGAUGACACUUUGAUCUUAAAAUACUGCAAGAAAAAAAAAAAACCAUAAAGGAAAAACUUACACAAAGUACUUAGAAACAUUCUGAUGGUGUCAGAUAUGAUUUACAUCCUAUGGAUUGGACUGGUGUAACUUGCAGGAAAUAGGUCCUUCGAAAAUAUAAUGGUAUAAAUACUAAAGGAAAAGUAAUUACAUGCUUCACUUUCAGAACUACUGUUAAUGUGAAAUGAAUGUGUCAAACUGUCAAAAGUUCAAAAAGGAGAAAAACAUAAUUUGCUUUUCCAAAAAAGGUAAAUAUAUUCUUAGAUUGCUUAGUUCUAGAAACAGGCUGAGUAGUACUAUGUUGUUCUUUUAAGUUUCCCAGAAUCUGAAAUACCUGUUAACCGCAAGUUUGUUCAAUGACAGCAUUCGGCAAAACUUAAAAGAACAUUUAAACUACAUUUUAAAAUAUAAACUCAAGCAUCUUAUAGUUUAACCGCGAAAAUAAUCAGGACGGGGAGGGGGGAGACAUCUCCGAGGAACGGUAGAUGCAAUCAAUCCCUCCUAGUUUUUGUCCCUCACUCCUUUAAAUUUUGACAAACACCUAACAGGGGCACUCUCUAUUUUCUAACUCGUAAUUGCAUCACAAUCGCCUGGAGGGACUUGAAAAGCAGCUCGCGUUCCAGCCCUUCCCAUGCUCCCUACCGACCCGGUAGGUCUUGGGGCGGGCCUGAGCACUUGGAUUUUUAACCAGCGAUGCUGGUAAUUGUCACACUCGUGGAUGUUCGAGAGCCACUUACUUAAAGGAGCUGACCCUUCCAGGAAGCCGGACUUCCAUAACAGAAUCUUCCCGGGCGAGGCCCGGGCACCUGCGGUGAGAAACUACAGUGACAGUGAAACUGAAGGAGAGAUUUUUAAUUCCUUAGUGCAAUAUUUUGGUGAUAAUUUGGGGCAAAAAGUUAAAACUAUGCCAUUAGUUGAAGAAACGUCUUUACUUGAAGAUUCAUCAGUGACUUUGCCUGUGGUAAUAAUAGGAAAUGGACCCUCAGGAAUAUGCCUUUCUUAUAUGUUAUCAGGCUACAGACCAUAUUUAUCAUCAGAAGCAAUACACCCAAAUACAAUCUUACAUAAUAAAUUAGAAGAAGCAAGACAUCUUUCCAUUGUUGAUCAGGAUUUAGAAUACUUGUCUGAGGGCCUUGAGGGCCGAUCAUCCAAUCCAGUUGCAGUACUUUUUGAUACACUUCUUCAUCCAGAUGCUGACUUUGGGUAUGAUUAUCCAUCUGUUCUGCACUGGAAAUUAGAACAACAUCAUUAUAUCCCUCACUUAGUUCUUGGUAAAGGUCCACCUGGUGGGGCUUGGCAUAAUAUGGAAGGCUCCAUGUUGACGAUCAGCUUUGGAAGUUGGAUGGAGUUACCUGGUCUUAAAUUUAAAGAUUGGAUGUCAAGCAAACGAAGGAACCUGAAAGGGGAUCGAGUUAUGCCAGAAGAAAUAGCUCGCUACUAUAAACAUUAUGUGAAAGUCAUGGGUCUUCAGAAAAAUUUCAGAGAUAAUACUUAUAUAACCUCUGUAUCAAGACUUUACAGAGAUCAAGACGACGAUGACAGUCAAGACAGAGAUAUUUCAACAAAUCAUUUACAGAUAGAGGAGACAAAAUUUAUCAAGAGAAACUGGGAAAUCAGGGGUUAUCAGCGAGUAGCAGAUGGUUCUCAUGUUCCCUUCUGUCUCUUUGCUGAGAAUGUAGCUCUGGCAACUGGAACAUUGGAUUCUCCUGCUCAUCUGGAAAUUGAAGGGGAAGGUUUUCCAUUUGUGUUUCAUUCAAUGCCUGAAUUUGGAGCUGCUAUAAGCAAAGGAAAGUUGCGUGGCAAAUUGGACCCAGUGUUAGUUGUAGGUUCUGGGCUCACUGCGGCUGACGCAGUACUCUGUGCUUACAACAAUAAUAUCCCUGUGAUACAUGUAUUUCGCAGACGAGUAACCGAUCCAAGCUUAAUUUUCAAGCAGCUUCCCAAAAAGCUUUAUCCAGAAUACCAUAAAGUCUAUCAUAUGAUGUGUACUCGGUCAUAUUCUGUAAACUCAAAUCUUUCAUCUGAUUAUACCAGUUUUCCUGAGCACCAUGUGCUUUCCUUUAAGUCGGACAUGAAAUGCGUUCUUCAAAGCAUCUCUGGAUUGAAGAAAAUAUUUAAACUUUCUGCUGCGGUAGUGUUGAUAGGUUCUCAUCCUAAUCUGUCUUUUCUGAAGGAACAAGGAUGUUACCUAGGCCAUAAAUCAAGUCAGCCAGUCACAUGUAAGGGUAAUCCUGUGGAAAUAGAUACAUAUACCUAUGAGUGUGUUAAAGAAGCCAACCUUUUUGCAUUGGGUCCUUUGGUUGGAGACAAUUUUGUUCGAUUUUUAAAGGGAGGGGCACUGGGUGUUACACGCUGUUUAACUACAAGACAGAAGAAAAAGCAGCAUUUAUUUGUUGAAAGAGGAGGAGGAGAUGGGAUAGCGUAAAGCAAGUUUAGAAGAAAUUUAAGUGGACAGUUUACCAUUAAAGAUUUUUAAUAGUGAUUUUGCAGUGUACUGGCUUGAAUUUUUAGACUUGACUGGAGGAGAGCUUCAAGCUACAGUAACUUCCUUUUUUUUAAGUUACCAGAACUUGGUGUUCUGAUUUAUAUUGUAAUUUAUCAAAGGUGUCACUGUCAGACAAGUAGAAACACUGCCUAACUUGGUAUACUUUAAACUUUCCUAAACUAAACCAUUAUUUUCUUCCAAGACUUAUUUUUUGUGAUUAUUUUGGUUAUUUCUUAUGUGUGAUUACAAAAUAUUACAGCCUUGAAUCUAUAAAACCACAGUCAUUAGGCCAGAAGUUAUCACUAAAUAAAUAGUGGGUCACCUUGCUGCUUAAAGGGUGAUCCAAAGACUGUUCAGCAUGAGCUUCAUCUGUAGCUUGUUAGAAAUGUAGACUCUCAGGCCCCACAACAUACUUAGUCAAAAACUGCAUCUUAACAAGAUCCCCAAGGGAUAUGUGUGCUCAUAAAAGUUUGAGACACAUUGGUCUAAAUCAGUAGUUCUCAACCUUCCUAAUGCCACGACCCUUUAAUACAGUUCCUAUGGGUCCUGACCCAUAGGUUGAGAACCGCUGGUCUAAAUGAAUAUGGGAUGAAAGGUGUGUAUACUGGGAUUGGGGUGGGGGUGUGAGGCAAUUACAGCUCAGGUUUUAUUUAUUUUGAAAUUAUCACUUGUAUAAAUCUAAUUUAUUAAAAAUACGGUCUUUUAAAAAUAUUUUUAUUGUUGAAAUCUUGACAGGUACUUCAUAUUCUAAUAAUUUAAAUAAUCUAAUAAUGUUGGUAAACACUUUGACAUCCAAAAUCCCACGAAGUAUUUUUCAGAGAUUUAUUCUCUGCUUAACCACCAUAACAUUUAAUUAAUCUGAUUCGCAGUUCAAUAAAUUGUGAAUGGAAUUAC